AUGAAAGGGGUGAUGAGGAUUGGGAAGAUGGGGAAGUUAAGCCCUCGGUACAUUGGACCAUUUGAGAUUCUAGAAAGGAUAGGUCCAGUUACUUAUCGAGUGGCAUUACCCCCAGCACCAUCCAGAGCUCAUGACAUGUUUCACGUAUCAGUUUUAAGGAUUUACGUGCCAAACCCUUCACACAUGCUAAGUUAUGAAUCUUUGGAGAUCGGGGAUGUAUUAGCAUACGAGGUGGUACUGGUUCAGAUUCUAGAUCAGAAGGUACAGAAACUGUGUACUAAGGAACUACCAUUAGUGAAAGUGCUGUGGCAAAACCAUGCAAUGGAGGAUGCUUCAUGGGAUUUAGAGUCAGAGAUACAUCAGAAGUAUCCUCAGUUAUUCAUAGAUAUUCAGAGCUAA